CAAAAAAGUUGCUUCAAUUAAAAAAAAAAAAAAAAAAUCAAAUGAAGAAAAAAAUAAUUUGAAAAAUAAAACUGCCCUACUCUAAUUUUUAUUUAAUAUUUUUGGAAAAUAUUAUUCAAUGCAAAUGACCGUCUAAGGUGCUCGUCACAUGAUCUGUUCGAAAAAUUAUUUUGACUCAUUGUAAAAAAAUUUUUUUUUUGUUCAUUUCAUUCAUUUUUGUUGUUUUACCGCUUUACAACUUAUAUAUAUAUAUAUAGGAAAGUCAAUUACAUGCAAUGACACUUUAAGGCCACCAGGGGGGCCCUGCCCCCCCCUUUAAACUCCGUUUAUGGUGGUGACGUCACUGGGCAGGGCUGCCAUACUUCCACAGUCACUUGUUAGCUACAUCAAAAUGUCGUCGGUUCUGCCCUUCCAAUUCGUACCCGAUAAGCAGGACAGCACUGUCGAUAUUCCACAAAACGAGCAGCAAAAGCAAAUAAAUGAAGGUCUCCAGCGGGAUUCGACCCCGCGUUUCCCGACAGUCGAGCGCGUAGACCACAGGAAUAUACUUCCACGUGAUGUUAGGGUCGUGAUUUUAUUUGUAAAGCAAUCGCAACCCACAUGUGUUGUCUGUGCGGAAAAGAAAAGUGCGGCUGGCUUGACCACGGAAUUAGAAAACUCAUAUAAGACAGCAAGCCGGCAACAAUGACAUAGAGAUUGCGUAAAAGGGUUUAUUGUACACACAAAAAAAAGACGCGAUCGCGAAAAAGGAAGACACAAAAAGGGUCCGUGACAGUAGGUCGGGAUCAAUUAAAAAAAACUGGUGGAAAAGCCCAGUGAGAGGCAGACAAGCAAAAAAAACAAGGCAAUGGCAGCAAGUCAAUAUCUCGGCAAGCCGCCUAGGAUCGGUUUAAAGACACUGCUGAUGAGCUGGAAUUGGAUGCAGGUACAACGUUGGAAACUUGGGAAUAGCACAGCUAUUUUUCCAGUCCAGACAACCCGCGUCAUCAACCCCAGUGUGCAUCGAACGCGUAAAACAUGGCGCCUUUUGGAGGUCAAAAUGUACUAAAAAUGAUAGAUUUUUAAAUCAAUGGCAAUAAUAUAUGUGUUUCUCAUAAUACAUUUUAGUAAAAGAGAACAAUUGUGGCUUAAUAGAAUCUACAAGUCUUUAAGUCAGAGGUUCCCUUUAUGUUUACCAGACUGGGGUAUAAUUUUUUUUGUUUUGUUUCUAAUCUAAACUGAAACUUAGCGAACGGAAUUUCUGACAGAAAGCACUGUUUUUUUCCCCAUCAAUCUUUAUUGAAAUUAUUACUGGCUGGAAAUUAUGGUUUUCCUGGUGACUAUGAAGUCUUUGAGUAGAUGAUUAACUCACUGUCUACCAUUGACGGGGGUAGAUGUUCCAAUCCAUUCGGACUGGGAGAUCAAUCGCAGCCAGCCCCUCCCAGUCUGAAUGUAUAGGAACGUCUAUGCCCGUAAGUGGCUAUGAAUGAGUAAAUGAUGGAAGUCUUAUGAACCAGAUAGAAGUUCUGAUUCUCUUCAGAAGUUCUACUGAGUUUUACACAAAUACCUAAAUGACAGAGGAGUGUCCGAGUGAAGUUAUUGUGUUUGGCUCAGCAUGGAAUCUCAAACAAAAUCCCUCUGGGGAGGCAGGUGGCCCCGAGACCAGCAAAGAGUUAAGUUCUUCACUCUUUGAAGGGGGAAGCAUCCUCUCCCUUCUUCUGUGACAUCACUGGGUCCGGCCCCCUAAAAGAUCCCCCCUCUCCGUUCGCAAGCUCCUCAUUCGCGAGCCCCUCUCUCGCGCUCCCGAACGUCGAGCAGCAUCUGGACGGUGGGGAUUAUGAUCUGAGGAACCGGUCCGGAUCGCGGCGGGUUAGGAAUGGCCGCCAUCAUGAACCCACAGUUCAUGAAUUUCUGCUUCCCGGGCUCAGCGAUGGACGGGGGUCUCCCGGGCGAAUCGGAAAAGGAGGAGGAUUACAAGGAGACAACCAGGGAGCUGCUAAGCUUCAUGGACUCAGCCUCCAGCAACAUCAAGCUGGCCCUGGACAAGCCAGUCAAGUCCAAGAGGAAAGUCAACCACCGCAAGUAUCUUCAGAAGCAGAUCAAGAGGUGCACUGGGAUAAUCAAUUUGACAGACUCUGCAGGGAAGGGGCCCGGAUCCCCAACCUCGUCUGGCAAAACUGUCCCCAAGCGGGACGGUGUCCAGGCUAGCCUGCAGAACCGCAGCCUUGCCGCCCUCUUCAGCCCAGCCAAGGAAGUUCGUGGCGAGAAAGCCAGGAAGCCGCCUCUGCGGCAUCGCAACCUGCCGCCAUCGUUUUUCACCGAGCCGGCCAACAGUGCCAAAGUCAAUCCCGCUAUGGGACUCUGUCUGCGCGAUCUGGAGCGAGCAAACCCAGAAGCGGCUGACUUCUUUGACCUGCUGGGACCUGAAUAUGUCGGCGGGGCGGCCGAGCAGGAACUCUACCAAAGCGCGCCCAGCCAGGACCACGCUGCCGCCGCCUCCUAUGAUACUCACCACCUCACCGGAGGCCUUCCGUACCCAGACUCGUGGACUAACUGCUCACCAACUCUGUCCAGGAAACACCCUAUUCCUUGCCAACCGCCGCUCUACUGCCACCCGGAGGCCAGCGCUCCUGUAGGCAUGGAGGAUAACGCACUUUGCUCGUUGGCUUUCUCCAACUUUUUCACAGACUGCUCUGUUCCUCAGGUCAACUACGACUUUAGUGGAGACUACAACAGGACUCAUUAUUCAUCUCUAUGAGAAAAGACAAUUGUCGUACCAGGGGUUCUCAAUAUUUGGCGGAAUUCUGUCCUUGGGAAUGCGACUAAUUUGUACACGACUCUGAAAGUGCUGUGAUUUAUCACUAACCACUCUAAUGCAGUAGUUGAGUCAUAAAUAUGACAAAUAUUUUUAGGCCUGAAUAUAAGAAAAACCCCAAAUGUACACUGACUGAUAAACAAAUCUGGGAUUGAUUACAUUCGUAUUACAAGACUGAGGUUUUGUGCUGAAUGCAAGUGGUCUUAGGUCACUGGCUGUCAUUCAUGGUGAUUGACGUCCAAUCCAUUUUUGAUUGGGAAGGGUGGCCCAGGGGCAGUUUACAUGGCGACUCUGCGACACAAAGACGCAAUGACUGAGUUGCGGACUCGCCUCGCAUGCAUAUGGUGUCGGCGAAGACGAAAAAUUCUGAAUCCUACCUCCAAAGUGGAAGAAUCCGAUUGCGGGGGAAUGAAGGGGGCUUCCUCGGCAUGCAUAUCAACGGCUCCUGCGGCGCGAGACCGCGUCGUUAACGUCAGCACUCGUACACGUCACAUUGGGCGUGCGCAGCGGUGCUACUAAACAUUAAAAACAGCAAAUAUGGCGGAAUGUCGGCUUUAAUUUACUGUUUUAAUCAUAUUUUUAAAUUAAAUAUGUUGAACGUUUCAAUUUUUGUGCCUUUUUGAACAAAUGAAAAAUGACGUUGCUGCGAGUGGGCGGUCAUAUUUUUUUCCGGGCUGAGGGAGCUUGGUGGGGUCAAAGUGCAUCAUUCUCUGUCGCCCAGUAAAUCUGCACUGCCCCCUAGGGCCUGGCAUGAAUACUACAUCGUUUUCUUGCGGAAUCGCGACAUUGUUCAAAUGGAGACGCAAAUGCAAAUGCAAAUUUGACAUUUUUCGUAUUCUCGUAGAGUCACCAUGUAAGCGGCCCUCCAGUCAAAAAUUGAUUGGACGUCUAUCACCGUUAAUGGCAAUAAAAGAUGAACAAUCACAGCUAGUCCUCCCAGUUCAAAUGAAUUGGAUUGCUGCCCAGGGGUGGAGCUUAUGGUGGUGCUGGGGGUGUGGCGGCACCCGGGCACCUCUGGCGGGCCGAGUUGUGGACGUAAAAGGGGCGUGGUUGGGGUCAAACAGAAUAGUACGUUGAUUUCCGGCCCUGAAAUAUAGUGCAUAAGUAGUAAAUUAUAAACCCCUCCCACUGGACGCCCAGUUUGGGGGCGUAAAUGGGGCAUGGUUAAGCCAGGGAAGGUCAAACAGAAAGGUAAGAUGAUGCUCGAAUAUAGUGUUUAAAGCAACACUAGGUAACUUUUCAACCUAUUAAAAAUAUUUUUAUAGCAUUUGUGAUAUGUCGACUAGAAAAAGGAGGCAACCAGGAUUAAAGGACACUCAAGAAUAAACACUGGCCCGUCAUACACUCGCUGGUGUGACCCCCCCACCCCCAACCGAACUCUGCGCUGAUGAGCGAUGUCUUAUUUUCAACAUCGUCAUAUGCUAUUGUUUAGCCACAACUGGAUUCAUUACAUCAUUACGAAUCCUCCUUCACACAGCUGCAAAAAAAAUGUCGUUCAAUCCAUCUGCAGGCAACCGGGAGAUCAUGAUUUUAUGAAUCUAUGCGCUGGUCCUCAUGGGAAAUGCAGUCUUCCCAUAGACAAAACACUACUGCUUUGGUCCACCUGUGUUGCUAAAUUCGACCAAAACUGAAAAGUUACCUAGUGUUGCUUUAAGUGUCAAAAUCUCUUAAUACAACCCAACCCCUUUGCUCGACUGGUUAUUGUCUGCAGAAAAUGUUCCUUUAGCACCACCCCCGCCCAACACAUUGAAUGACCAUCUUAAAGGGCCCGCGAAAGUGUGGAGGGACCCGUGAAUAAUCAUCCCUUAGGACCCCUACCCACUGGACGUUCAUACUGUUGAUGUUUAUACUUAUCGCACCCGGGCCCGGUUCACAUUUUUCCGCCACUGUUGCUGCCGUCCCUCCCAAUCAAAAUGGAUUGGACGUCUAUCACCGUCAAUAAAUCAAGCUACAUAAGUUUCACAUUAAACGCAGUCGGAUGAAGUUCUGACGCCGAACAAUUUUAAUUUUCCUCAAAUUGAUGUUCAAAGCGGGAAAUAAUGUGUUUUAAAUGUAUCCUAGAUGCUGUACCGAAAUGAAAUAAAGCUGGUCUUUAUUGCUCUGAAAACUGCCUGAUUUUGUUUCAGACAGCUGAUGAAAAACAACCUUUGUUUAAAAUUGAACAACCGCAUGAGCGCCGCUUGCAAAAUGAAUUUGUUUUUUAUUAAAAUGGCACGGUACGAUUGGGACAUUCAGUUAAAAUCACGGUGGUGUGCAGUUCUCAAUUGAAUUUAUUAUAUUGCAAUGUUAUAACAAGUUCAUUUUCAUACAAGAAAGAUAUUUAAGGGCUGGUUGUCUGGAUUCACCCUGCACAGAUUUGUGUAAGUGAGCAAAAAAAUUGACUGCAUUUGCGUUUGAAAUUGACAGGAGUACUUUUUUAUCAAUUGGUAAAUAUGUAGUACAAAAAUAAUCACAUGACUCCAUUAUACCAAUCAGAUGCAAGCUUGCCGUUCUAGCUUCACACCAGACUGCUCAAUCAUGUGGUGUCUUUAGCACCGUAAAAAAUGAAGCAUUUGAUAUUGAACGCUGCUCUCAACAUGACUCGAAAUCGCGGACUUCGACCUCUCUCCCAGUUUUUAUUUGGCACUGAUUGACCAAGGAAAACCUAUGGAAGCCCAUUUCCGCCACAAAAAAAAAAGUUUUUUUUUUUUACUUGCUGUUGACUCUUCCCGCCAGUAGAUUUUUUUUUUUUUUAA